GGCGUCCUUCUACAAACGACGGCACGGACUAGUGCACAGUUCACCGUGGGUAGAUUUCUCAGCUUUGGUAUGACGGGAAUGACAAUCGUGGUUGUUCCUAUCUACCUGGCUGAGACGUCGCCCAAGGUUCUGCGUGGUAUGAUGACAUCCACGUUGCAGCUCAUGAUUGUAUUUGGCCAGUUGAUUGCUUCGCUGGUUACAUUUGGAACUCAGCACAUCUCAGGCGAUAAAGGCUGGCAGAUUCCUGUUGGUCUCCAGUUUAUUGCCCCUGCAUUCAUUGUGGGACUGCUACCUCUUGUCCCCGAAUCGCCUCGAUGGCUCCUAACUCGAAACCGAAUUGAUGAGGCAAAAGUUUCCCUGCGAAGACUCUACAAGAACCACACCGAAGCCGAAAUUGAACAGGAAGUUGACAUUCUUCGACAUGCUCACUCUACUGAGGAAAAGGGCCCGUGGUCGGAGGUUUUCAACAAGGAAAACAGAAAGCGUACUAUGGUUGCUGUGAUUGCCAUGUUUGGUCAACAGAUUACCGGACAGGCCUUCUCCAGCCAGUACUCUGUUGUGUUCUACCAGUCCCAGGGCUACAAGAGUCAGGCUUUCCUGUUCAAUAUCUUGAGCAACGUCACUGGUCUUGUCUGUCUCAUUGCUACUUGGUUUAUGAUUGACCAAAUUGGCAGACGACCAAUGUUGAUGAUUGGUGGUUCGGGAAUGGCCAUUUUCCUCUUUAUCGUCGGUGGUGUUGGACUUGAGAAGCAUCCCAACGACUCUGAGAGAGGAGCAUUGGUGGCAUCUUUUAUAUUAUUCGCUUGUUCAUACAACCUUUCAUGGGCUCCUGUGUCAUACGUGGUGGUGUCCGAGGCUGCUUCCACACGCGUCAAGGAAAAAACCAACCUGUUCGCAUCCGUCAUUUCUAUCAUCACCACGUUUGUCACCUCCUUUACAAUUCCUUACCUGCUCAACGCGCCAUAUGCCGCACUGGGCGCUAAAGUUGGCUUUAUUUAUGGCUCCAUCAACUGGGUGAUGGUUGGUGUAGCCUACUUCUUCAUUCCUGAGAUGAAGGGACGGAGUCUCGAAGAAGUUGACGAACUGUUCGCAUCCGGAGAAUCACUGCGGAAUUUUAGCAAAGCGAAGACGACCCCCACAGCCACUUAUAUCGAGGAUACUGCUAGAAAGGAGCCG